AGCUCACUCCGAACUACAUAGUUUGCCUAUUGGCUUUGCUUUCCAUCACACCCACCCCCGCGCCCCUUCCUUUCUUUUCCCUCAGUCUCUCAGAAUCCAACCUUUUUGUUUCACAGCGACAGGAGAAACAAGAUUAGGGUUUACUCUUCAUCCAUUUGAUUAGUUUCCCUCCUCCGAUUUCAAAAUCCACACCCAUUUCUGCUUUUAAAAUUGGGGUUUUCUUCCAUUUUUUUUAUUCUCUCGGAAUCACUUGCUUGUUCGUUUAAAUUUCUCUAUUCGAAUUCUGGGUUCUCUUCCCUGGAAAUGAUUUUUCUCCCAGAAAUCACUGUUUUUGAUGUUGGAAUCGCAUUUCUUGAGUCCCCAAUUGCGAAUCUUGAAGUUUAAAUUAGGGUUUCAAACGCAUGAGAAGUGAGAGUAUGCCCAAGAGAUUGUCUUUGGGUGGCAUAAUGAGGAAGAAGCUAUCCGACAUCACCAAUUUGCAGGCUGCGAAACCAAUGAUCCAGGAUGAAAAGCCGCCGGAAGAUUGUUUGACUGAUAAGGACUGCAUUGAGCAGCUCAGGAGGGAAAGAAUGACUUUGAUCAGACUUGUUGCCGAAAGGACUAAAAUGGUUGAAUUAGGUGGAGCUGAGUUGCAGAAACUGCGAAUUAGUCUCCAGAAAUUGCAGCUACAAAAUUUGAGUCUUGCCCAAUCGAACAGCAGGAUGUUGGCAGAGCUUAAUUUAGGAAGAGAGAAGGUAAAAACACUACAGCAUGAACUUCUAUGCAAGAAUGCUUUAUUUAAAGCAAAGAAUCUAGUAAUAGAGGGAAAAACAGAGUUUAAACGUCAAAAUACUGCCUCUCAGAUAUCUAAGAUCAAGGAAGGAGAGGACUCAAAGGAGAUAUCUUUGCAUAAAGCUGAAAAUGAUGGCGAAGCAUGUAAUCUCAACAAAAGACGUGCAACAAGAAGUCGAUCGGUAGACGCUUCUACCACAUGCCAAAAGGUUGAAGACAUAGAGAAGGUUGAAAAUAAAAGACGGUGUUUGAGGAGGCAAUCUGCCAGAUUUAUUUCCCAGACAGAGAACCUGUUUGAAAUAGAGGAUGUCAAAUUACCAGUCAGUUGCACACCAGACAGUCCGAUGCGCAGUAGUGGUCCCACUCCAUUGAUUUCAUCUACAAGAAAAGAAGAGGGAGAAGAUAAUUGUGCCCCAAGGCGGUCUUCAGUUGGAAGACCAUUGCGCAAAGCAGCUGAGAAGGUUAAGUCCUACAAAGAAGUUUCGUUAGUAGUCAAAAUGCGGAGAUCGGAGUGACAGAAGGGCAGCAUCUCAAUAUUGAGAAUACCUGUGAGUUGAAAGGAGCUUGUAUAAUGUAGUUGAAGAAAUGAAAUGUAAAAGAUAUGAUUGUACAAUUAGAACAGUUAUAUCCAUAUCUUUCUGUAGUGACUUAUCUGCUAUGCUAUUGUAAGCCACAUUCAGAAGAGAAAAAGCUUUUGAUUAGCAGUUCUAUUGAUUUAUGUAGUAUAGUACUGUGCUUUGUACCGAGCUAGUACUAAAAUCAAGUGCUUCUUUUCGUGUACC